AUGAAGCCAUUAGAAACAAAGAAACCGGACGAGAGACAGGCUUCAUUAAAGGGGAUAUACAUCUUCCACGGCGCUUUGGGAUGGAAGAGUGUAAUCAUAUCCACACCGCUCGACACUUACACAAAACUAGUAAAACCGAAGAGGACUGAAUCGAAGAAGUACGCAGGAAAUCUGCCGUAUAGAGAGCUAAUAGGUACACUCACGUACCUAUCGACGACAACAAGACCGGACAUUAGCCAUUCUGAGAACCCGGAUUGGGUCUUGGCGGUUAAUGAGUGGACUUGGGGACCACAACAGAAAACGGCUUUUGAGAGAAUCAAAAAGGACUUAACUGAGGCACCCCUACUAGCCUUCUAUGAUCCAGAACUGCCAACAAGAGUAUCUGCUGACUCUACAUCCUAUGGGCUAGGAGGUGUCCUUUUGCAGCAGCAAAAAAAGGGCGAGUGGCAACCAGUAUCAUACAUUUCUCGAAUGCUCUCAGAUACCGAACAGAACUAUUCAAAUAUCGAACGUGAAGCGCUGGCAGUAGCAUGGUGCUGCGACAAGUUGAAGGAAUACAUUAUCGGGAAGACUAUAGAAGUAGAAACUGACCACAAACCACUUCUCCGGAUAUUGACAACAAAAAACUUAGAUGAUUUGACUCCAAGACUUCAAAGGCUCAGGCUUAGAAUGAUGAGGUACCCAUAUACAAUGUCCUACACUCCUGGGAAACACCUGGCAGCACCUGAUUGCCUUUCACGGAGUCCACUGGAUGAGCGAGAAGAGUAUGACCUGAACGAGGAAAUCGGUGCAUAUGUCCAGGCAAUAGUCUCUUCCAUUCAAACAACAGACAAAAACAUUGAGAUGAUUCGUCGAUCACAAGAAAAUGGCCCAAUUUUUAAAACUCUAGCCGAAUAUACAAGAGAAGGAUGGCCUUCCAGAGAUUUAAUCUCACCUCACCUUCGACCUUAUUUCCCAGUAAAGGAUGAAAUCUCUACAGUGAAUGGACUACUUGUGCGAGGAGAGAGACUUAUUGUGCCAAUUCAACUUAGACAAAACAUACUACAGCGUAUCCAUGCUGGCCAUUUUGGAGUCUCAAAAUGUCGAUUAAGAGCACAAGGCUGUGUCUGGUGGCCUGGCAUUUCCUCCGACAUAGAUAAAGAAGUGAGGUUUUGCCAGAAAUGCAUCGAGCAUAGAGUGAACAGGAAUGAACCAUUAUUGCCCGCAGAAUUCCCCUUAAGACCUUGGGAAAAAGCAGCAAUAGAUUUAUUCAAACUUGAAGACAAAUGGUUCUUAGCAAUAACUGACUGUUACUCUCGUUACCUUGAAAUAGCCACCUUACAAACUCUAUCAGCAAAGGAAGUUAUAGAUAAGUGCAAGGCAACUUUCUCCAGACAUGGUAUACCUUUGGAAAUAAGAUCGGAUUCAGGCACCCAGUUUAGUCUUAAAGAAAACUCAGAAUUCAUACAAUUUUCUCGGGAUUACAAUUUUCAGUUCAGAACCAGCAGUCCACAUUUUCAUCAAAGCAAUGGCAGUGCAGAAGCAGCCGUGAAAAUAGCCAAAUCCUUACUCAAGAAAAAUCAAGAUGAUCCUUACCUAGCGCUUUUGGCUUACAGGAACUCGCCACUCCCUAACGGAUUCUCACCAGCUGAACUUUCCAUGGGUAGGAAACUGCGAGAUACAUUACCACGCUUAGCUCAGCAUCUCGAUAAAAAACCGGAUACGACACUCCUUCGAGUAAAAGAAGAACAGUACAGGCAGAAAUACAAACAGAAUUACGACGAAAGACAUGGGGUACACCCAUUGGAUCCGUUCGACAUUGGAGACAAAGUCUGGAUAACCGACUUAAAAAGACCAGGUAUUAUUAUCACUCCAGCCAAGGAACCGCGAUCUUACAUUGUAGAGACAGAUAAAAGGACGGUGAGGAGAAACCGGGUCCAUUUAAUUCCGUAUUCCCAUCAUAAUCAGAGUCUGCCUUAUACUCCUACUACCCAGGCAAGUGGAGAAGUCCAGGAACCAGGAAGAGAUGAGUCUACACUUGGCCAAGCAAUAUCAUCAACAACUGGAGUACGAAAGGACGACGACCCAAAAGAAAUGCCACCUAUAUCCCCAGGGACAACACCUGCAGCUGAAACACCACCACAAGUCGUGAGCAGAUAUGGAUGGAAAAUUAGGUGUCCAAAAAGACUAGAUCUUUAA